AUGGAUGCUGCAAAGUUUGAUGAUAUAUUCAUGGGAAUGCUACAGCACUGUGAACAAGUGGAACCGUUCCUAGAUGCCAUGUUUAGUUUUUUAGCUCGUAGAACUGACUUCUUUCGGGUCAUGCAUUCUCGAGAUGACAAGAUGGGAUUCCCCCCUGGAGUUGCAGAGAAGAUUGUUUUAAAGGUGCGAUAUACAUCAUGUGUGUUUGGAUAAUAAAGGGUGUAGCUUAAUUUUUGUUUGAUUAUCAGUACUCAGGUUCCUCUAAAGUAAGAUAAAUCUGUAGCGCUAAAAACGUGCUAUCCUCUGGCGAUUUUGGUACAUCACCCGGGGGGAGGGGGUACUCGACCAAUAAUUUUAUUUGGAUAUAUGUGAGCCGCUGAGGGUUUGAAACGCUGACCCUGUUCAGGAGAAAAAAAUCCUAAAAUACAUUCCCUGUUUAGGACAACACCCUCAAUUUUAUUACCCUGUUUGUGCAGGCAAUAUAUCUUGUUUCUAAUAGUUAUGGAUGGAAGCGAUGCCGACGGUGACCUUGUUUUGAUACAAACCUUUCUGCUUUAUUAUGUAAAUCAAGUUAUCCUUAUGCUAACUAGUAUUUUUCAAGGACAAUUUCCAUAACAAAGCAAAGGAGGUUUGCAUGAAAACAAGGUCACUUCAGCCUCACAUUCACUCGAAGGCUAGGGUACUAAGUCCACAACUGUAAAAUGGUCCAUUAGAUAGGACAGACUUGCAGGAAAUUAUUUACCCUGUUUAGGACAGAGAGGUCAAAAACCAUACCUAGUAUAGCGGCACAUCCCUCUAUAGGUCAUAUAAAGGAGUAUCUCCCUCCUGGUAUAUUGCUGCCCCCGGGGGAACACACCUUUAUUUGCACCUCUCUGAACAGGGUAUGGUGUUCAGGGUGUUGAGUCUUAAAAGGGUUUACAAUUUCACUGUUUGCAUCAUGAAUAGCUAGAUAACAGAAUACCCGCCCACUUUCAUUUAACCUCAAAACAGUCGAAUAAUAGCUGCAUGGGUGGUUGCUACUAUUUUAACUUCUGUUAUGUAAAGUUUAAUACAUUUAGACAUGAAAGUUCAUAUUGUUUUUUUUGUAAUUUUUUGAAUUUAUAGAUUUUCAAGAAAUACCAGGAAUUAGUCAAAGGAAAUCAAACAGAGAAGAAAAGUGCAGGUUCAGAAAAGGAUGAGAUUAAAGGCAGUGAAAAUGUAUCAACAGAAACCUCAAGUGAUCAACCUAGCUCUUCGGAUAAUAAUGUGAGUUGCUACAGUUUUGUUUUGUUUCCAAUGAAUUUAUGUACAUUCCUACAGUAGAACCUCGAUAACUCAAACCGGGAUAAAUCACACUCCCCGCUAACUCGAACUAAAUUAAGUCCUAUUUUCCUUGGAUUUCACCCCAGGUGUCAGUCAUUUGUACUUGGUUAACUCGAACUCGGAUAACUCAAACUCCCCACUAACUUGAACUAAGUCCUUUUUCCCUUGGAUUUCACCCCACUUGUCAGUCAUUUUUACUUGGUUAACUCAAACUAACUCAAAUUAGACUACGAGUAGUCUAAUUUCGUGCCCCACGCGAGAAAGGCGACACGCGGUGGGGAGAGAGAAAAAUGAGGGACUACAGAGAAAGCCCAAGCUUUUGACCCUUCAUGGCUGACUGAUUUUGGCGUGUGAAGUUCGUAUCCCCUUCCAAAUUAAUUAAGCGCAUCCAAUGAGAUUCCUUUCCUCAUUGAGCUGUCAUUGCUCUUGUAAUCGGUAAACUGCGGGCGAUAUUUAUUGCAAGCAAAAGAAAACCCAGAUACUAAUUUUCUUCACAGCUGUUUCGCGUGAAGAACUUAAUGGUGUAGGCAACACAUGACUUUUACUCAUGCCAAAAUGCUGCUUGUUGCAACGAAUUUUUUUCUCUGACAGGUAGAUUAUGCUCUAGAGGAAAACGUUUUGACUGAACAAAUUUGAUUUUUGCUUAUUUCAUACUUCAUGCUUAUUUCAUACUGAGAUGUCGUGACACUCAUAUUAAUUUUCUGCCGUUAUUGUUUAUGGUCGGCAUGAUUUGCCCUCUGAUGCAAGAGCAUUUCUUUGACCUCUUUUGAAAAGUAAAGCUCUUCAAUGGGGCUAAAUAAGGGUUUUGGGUUGUUCAAUUUCUCCGGCGAUUGCCUCCUAGAUCUGAAUAAUUUUAAGUGAGUUUCUUUUUGGCCAUGAAUGUGACGGUUUCCUGCAAUGCUUUAUCACGCUGGGCUCAGCUCGCUAGCGUUUUUAGCAGGACGGAUAGUGAUAUCCAAAUCUCGAAGAAUGGAUUGCAGCUUAAACUAAAACUACAUCAACUAUGGACAAUUGCGACGUGACUCAGUCAUGACUGCUCAUGAAUUUUAACUACCGCUUGUUUUUUCUGGAGAUAAUGUGAGUCUUUGGACUGGAGCGCGUAGUUCCUCCCUUGGUGAUAACUUUUGAAUAAGCUUAACAGCCUUGCGACUGUUCUGUUAUUGCCACUUUGUGAUCGGACAAGACCAUGGUUUCGGUUCUCCACGCAAACCUCAUCAGUUGCCAGGUUGGCUUUCUUCUUAGUUGCUUCUACAAGAGCAACUCUAGUUUAAUAUUUGUUCUGUGCUGUCAUUUGUUCUGUAAAUUGUGAUUAUGUCGAGUGUUGAUAGUGGCUGGUGCGUUUUUGACAGAUGUUGACAGAUUUCCAUGGAAGAGCCAAUCAGAGUUUUGUGUUGUGAGAGCGAUGCAUAAGUUCAAAAGCUUGGGCUUUGUCUGUAGUCCCUCAUUUUUCGCUCUCCCCACCGCGUGUCGCAUUUUCUCGCAUGGGGUGAUUUUCACGAGCACUCGUGUUUCAUUUGCUCUACUAUCCUUGAGGACAAAUGGGGGACUACUUGUAGUCUAAACUCAAAUUAAUUCCCCGUUAACUCAAACUAAAUUUUCCUUCCCUUGAUCAAAAUUUCACUGAAAUUUUCACUGAUAACUACGAAUUUUGGUUUGUGCUACCCCACUUGGAUGCCAUUCCCUUAGCUCUUUUCGUUGUAUAAUUGGUAACAACAUUAAAACUAAUCCUACAGAAAUUUAAUUUUAAUUGGUGCAACAAAUGGAUCAUUCUUUAUCAUAGAAAUGCAUAAUCAUAUCACCGAUUUUGAUGAAAUAAGUAAAGUUACAUUGUACUAUGCACACUGAAGUGCUGAAAAAUCAGCAACUAUCAAUAAUUACUGAAAAUAAUUACAAAUUUAAAAUUCAAUCUACCCCAAUAACUUGAAUGCCCACUCACUCGAACUGUUUUUUGUUUCCCUUCAGACUUGAAGUUAUCAGCGUAUAUUUUCAUAUGUAUGCAUGUUUUUUUGUAAGGAUCAGCAAUUAUUGUAAACCUAAGAAAACUAUGAACACCUUAAAUCAUCGUAAAAAAGCUCAGGACUUACAACAAGCAGACCCAAAACCAGUGACAAAAUAAUUGCCAUUAUUGCUUGUGUUUAGUUCUCGUAGUUACUAAAACAAGGAAUAACCUACAAUGACCUACAAUGGCCUACAAUGAGCUACAAUGAUCUACGAUGAGCUACUACGAGCUACAAUGAGCUACUACGAGCUAAAAUGAGUUAAAAUAAGCCCUACAAUGAGCUACAAAAUGACAGACAAUGAUGUUUGUCGUGUGUCACGCUUGGACGUGACACUAGGCUUAUAGUAUUAAAUUGCCAAGCACAUUUUGAAAAGGCAAAACAAAAAUUGUGCCUGAUCUCAGGUAACUUGAGAAAGUUGAAAAUAGAUUAUUGCAAUCGCGUUUUUACCAGUAUAGCACUAUUAUACCCUGUAUUGACGGAAGUCAUGCAGGCACUCCCUUAUUUGGCCUAGAUGGGUAUGGGCCGCUGAGCAGGAUAUGGAUUUUACUAUUUAGCGUUACAAACAGAGCAUCCUGUGAGACCGAAAGCCAUUUAAAGGGUCUUAUGAUGUCUUAUACAGGCCAGGUUACUUAAAAAAAAAUGAACAAUUUUUCUUUUGAACAGGGUCAGAAUUUGAAGGCCUCCUUUGUUCAUCUCUACCCUUACGUCCCUUGAAGAUCCCCCCGGAUCGACUGUUGGGGUGUCCGUGACUGUGUUUGCAAGACAAAAUAAAACUAAUGCGAAAGGUUGCAAGGGAUGGUUUUAUUACACUGUAAAUUUAUCUCCAAGCGUAAUAAUUAGAGAUGCUGUCAUAGUUAAAUGGGCUGUCAUGCAGUAGACUAAACGCGUUACGUUUACGCACACAUGUCCCCUGAUCUUUUUUUUUUGUCUUUUUCUAAAAUCUUCAUUUUAGCUCAUAUUUACAGGCAUUACACAUUCGGUCAUAGUAGCUCAUUGUAGGUCAUUGUAGAUCAUUGUAGGUCAUUGUAGAUCAUUGUAGGUCAUUGUAGAUCAUUGUGGGUCAUUGUAGGUCAUUCCUUGUUUUAGUAACUACGGUUUAGUUCUCUCAUACCUGAAUGGGUUUUUCCUCACAACACAAUAACAUUCCAGAAAUAUUUCUACACACUUCUGCAGGCCUCAUCACUUCCAUCACCACCAACUCCAUCUGUCUGCAGUACCACAGUUGAAGUAGAAACAUCAUCUUCCGCAGACCAAGCAGCUGCUCCAGUGCCAUUAUCAGAAUCUACUGCAGGUGCUUCCACAGUGUCAACAAGGUUAAUAAUAUGUUCUACCUUAUAGCAACUGCAUUAAAACUUAAAACAGACUCAACUAAUGAUCAUGAUAAAUUCAGUUAGUUUAGUUGAAUGUUGCAAAAAUCAACUUGCAACAAUCAAAAUAGAUUUGCAUUGUAUUGUGAAACACAAGAGCUCAGCAUUUUUGUAGACAAAACAUAGCAAGGAAAUAUUUUGAAAUUUAACAACUCAGUUUACAAGAAAUCAAAUGACGGCACUGUCUUGUUAAGACCUCUUCUGCCAUGUUGGAUUAAUUUGUCAUUGAUUAGGAAACAUUCAAGGAUAUGUUGUUGUUCAAUUUUAUCCUUGGUUUAAAUUACAUUUUCUUUUGUUUUAGGGCAUGGUUUUGUAUGAUAAUGAGUUUGAAACAAAAGAAAAUAAAAUUUAAACCAAGGAUAAAAUUGAACCGCAACACAUAUCUCAGAAUGUUCUUUAUCUUUGUAAUGCGGCACACUUUCAAAUGAGUUUUUGGUAUGUCCUAAGUAUUUUUGACUUUUUUGCUGUCCAUCCUCAGACUUUUCAAUGAGACCUGACACCUGAGGAUUCUCCGGGGGUAUACUGUUAGCCCACAGAGAUGACUAGAUUUAUUAUUAUUAUUGUUUUCAUUCAUAGACACUCUGAUAAGCGACACUGGGGUGGCAUCCACCAGUGAACUCUCAGCCUGCAUGGACAAUAGAGUGGACUGGGCAGCCAGGCAACUAGCUCGGCUGAGGCUGCCUGAAUGAAUGGAUGAAUGAAUGAAUGAAUUGUUAUUAAAUUAGUUAUAUUUGUUUGAGUUACUGGUAUGUGAAUGUGUUAAAAAUUUUUAAUAUGUACAGUUCAGCAGCUCAGCCAGAAAACAGCAAGAGCAGUGAUGAAGGUAAAGGAUUGAUGCCUGGCAAGUCAGCAGAGUGUUACAAUGGAGCAAUUCUUGACAGAUAUUCCUGGUCACAAACUAUAAAGGAUAUUGAAGUGAAAAUUCCAGUACCAAGUUCGAUAACUAAAGGCCGUGAUGUUGGGGUGGAAAUUAAGACAUCACAUUUAAAAGUUUGGUUAAAAAAAGACAUCUCUCCAGUGACAGGUAUUUAAAGUGUAUCUCAGUGUCAUAAAUUGGUUAAAUAAGCAAAAAUGGUACAGAGCUUCAGGGGCUUCUUCAGUCUUGAUCUCCUACUAAUUUGUUCCCUUAUUCUCCUUCUAGUACUGAGGUCAUGUUUUCUAGUACCGAGUUGAUGUUGAUGUUGUGCAAAUGAUUAAAUAUUUAUUUCCUUGCAAAAAAUGCUAAAUGCAUUUGUAAAUAAUGAAAAUGAAUGCAGACAUAUCAUUAAUAGAAACAUGAACAAAGGCCUUACUAACUGGUAACAAUCAUCUUCACUAUUGUUAAAAGGCCUUUGAUACUGAAGAUCAUCCAAUUUUUCUGUGCAAUUGAACCACAGCACUUUGGUGCCCAAGGAAAAUCUCUAAACUGGCUUGAGGCAUACUUUAUCGGCAUUAGAUCUUGCAAUCUUGGUCCUUUGUAUGGUCAUUGGUUGUCUAGCAUACAUUGACUGAAAGUUUUUCUCUACAGGUAACAAUGUUCUUGUUGAUGGAAAGCUUCAAAGAACCAUAAAAUGUGAAGAUUCUAUGUGGUUACUGGAAGGUGGAAAAUUUAUAAUUGUCAACCUGGAGAAAAGGGAAGAGAGGUUUUGGACAGCGGUUUUAGAAGGAGAUGCUGAAAUAGACAAGACUAAGGUUGACACGACUAGAGACAUUAGUGACUUUGAUGAACAAACUCAGAGUGAUUUUGAACAUGUUAUGUAUGAUCAUCGUCAAAAACUUCAAGGAAAACCAACCAGUCAGGAAUUGGUUAGUAAUGAGUUCAUGUAACUUAUGUACUGUUUAGACUUUCAAGAGCGUAUAUCACGGGUUUAUUUCUUUUAUAGUACAUGUACCUCUUUUUCUGUUUUUUUUUUCCUGUUAGAUUUAGCCAUUUAAUGGGUAGGAACAUAGAAUGCAUGGUGACUUGAUUGAGAUUUUCAAAAUCCUGAACAGCUUUGUAGUAAACUAUGGCCAAAAUAUGUUCAGGAAAAAUGUAUCUUACCAAACUCUUAAUCUUCCAGUCAUUUCGCUUCAUUCUUUAAGAACAGCACAUGAUUUUUUUAGUAAUAGAGUUAGCAAAUAUUAGAACCAGCUACCAUUAGGAGUCCGAUGUGCAGCAAUUAUUGACACCUUUAAGGCUGGUCUCGAUUGUUUUAAAUCAUCGAAACCUGGUUUAAAUGGUUUCUGGGAACUAUCGGACUGGAACAAAUCUUUAAUAGAAUUACCAAUAAAAGUGAACAUGUGAAAAUAUUUAUUAGCUAAUUGCGAUGUUGCAAUGUGGCAAAAUAUCUUUUUUUAAUUCUUAUUGUUUUUCUUUUUUAUAUAUACAUAUAUACCUUAGUCUUAGCUUUUUAGAAUUUAAUUUCUAUUACAUGAUAAUAAAUAAUUUUGUAAAUAGUUUUUAUCAAUGGAGAUAUCCGGUUAUAAAGUUAUCUUAAGUAGUUGUAUGCUCAAAACAAAAAGGUUUCACUGAAAUUCUGGGUACUUUGCAUAACCCAUUCUUCACUUUCUUGUAAACAUGUACAUGUUAACCAACUAAAUUUUUGUGUAGAGAAUUUGAAUGUGAGCAAACCCACACUGGACCAUCCAGUAACUACUUUUUUUACAGGAUUUGUUCAGACCUUAAUAAGUUGAUCCUCGUAGAUGUGAUAAUUUUCUGAUAGUUGUUGUUAAGUUGCUUUUUAUUCACUUUCCAACUUAGAAAACGCACGAGCUUCUCAAGCAAGCCUGGGAUGCAAAAGGUUCACCAUUUGCUGGCACAGAAUUUGAUCCAUCAAAAGUAAACAUAUCACCAAGUUAUGGAUAAAACAUCAAGAAAUGUUAUAGGCCCUUGCCGUGUUGGUGUAUGGACUAAGACAAGAAGAAAACAAUUCACUUAAAGUUAUUGACUGCUUGGACAUCAAGAAUAAACUGUCAUUGUCUUAAUUUUGUGUCUGCUGUAAAAUGGUCACCUAUUGGUUGACCGUCAAUCAACUGUCACUGCAGAAAACUAGACUAAAGGGUCAUUGUCUAGAGUAAGAGGGUUUUGUUGUUUCAGUUUUUUAAUCAAUAAGGGAUAUAACUCUCCCAGCAUCAUCACAUUUUCAACGUAUGACAAUAGCUUCAACCCUUUCUAUACUACUACUCUUGUCAGAACGUGUUUCUUGACAAAAACAUACUUGGUACUAUUCUGUUAUUAUCUCAAGGUAGCUAAAUCAAAAUGUGCCUCUAGAACUGGUUUUCUGGUCUUUAUGGGAAGGCAGUAAACUCCACUUCAAACCAUUCAAUGCAUUGGAUUUAAAAAACUUUCAGUUUCAGUGGAUGCCACAAGUGCCCCUUUAGUUCCUUCCACAUACCUAAUGGCUUGAACACACUAAGUCAUGUAGAUCAUUAUGCCUACAGCCAGAAAAAUCCCUGUUGUAAGCUUUUGUAAAAGUGGAAAAACUAUGCUGUAGUUACAAGUAGGUUUGCCAAGCAAGGGUGAUUUUCACAUGGUCUUAACCUAACAACAUUACAGAUUAAUGGAAAUUCACGAUAUUGUUUUAUUUACAUGUAAACCUGGUUAAUUGUGUUCCUGUUCAUUUUGUUGUAAAAAACAAUGGUCCUUCUCCAAGAAAAAAUAAUGAAAAAUAAAAAUGAAAUAAGCUUCAAAUAUUAGUACUGAAAAGCUGCAAGUGCAUGAAGGAAAUUUAUGAUGUAAAGAAAGAGAGAUCAUUGUGAUUUUGGACAAGUAGUAUAAAGUUAUUGCCCUAGGCCUUGGCUAACCCAAGU